AUGGCCAGCUUCAUGGCCAACUUCUUCCCCGGCGCAAAGGACAAGCCCUCGACCGACGCCGAUGCUCGCCCCUGCACACCCAUCAAAAAGGGCGGCGCCAGCAACAACAACUUCAUCAACCCCCCCAGCACGCCCCAGGGCAGCCCCAGCAAGAAGACGGCCCCCCCCGGCGCACACGACCUGCCCUCGGCUUUCGAGAACGCACUCACGCUCAACAGCUCCACCGCCGACGCCCCCUUCCGACUGUCGCGGCCCCAGAGCGUCGUGACGCCUCUGUCCCCGGCCAGAACCAACCCACAACCCCUCGACGAGACGUCGCUCAAUGUCGACGACAGCGUCAUCCACAAGGCGGCAUCGUCGGGGACUCCCCUCAGGAAGCGCGGCCAAGAGAAUACCCCGCCGCCCUCACGCCUCUUGGGCACCGACUCACCCCAUCAGCACAACCACGCAGCCCUGUCUCGCCAGCAGCUCUACGAGCCCAGAGAGCGCCCCCUCACUCCCGCCCCCAAAAAGUUCAAUACCUCCCGAGGCUUGACGGCCGAAGAGCGAGAGAUCCUCACCAAGCCCAAUGUCAAGAGAAUGGUCAACGUGACCCAGCUUUACUUCCUCGACUACUACUUUGAUCUCCUGACAUACGUCAGCGCCAGGCAGAAUCGCCUCGCCGCCUUCAAGGCCGAAUACCCGCCACCUCCCGCGACCGACGAACAGAGCCAUGGCCAGAUGUGGUCCAAAUACACGGGCCGCGAACGCGCCAACCUCCGCAAGCGGCGUGUGCGGCUCCGACAGGGCGACUUCCAGAUCUUGACCCAGGUCGGCCAGGGCGGCUACGGCCAAGUCUUCCUCGCCCAGAAAAAGGACACUCGCGAAGUGUGCGCCCUCAAGGUCAUGAGCAAGAAGCUGCUCUUCAAGCUCGACGAGGUUCGCCACGUCCUCACCGAGCGGGACAUCCUCACCUCGGCCCAGAGCGACUGGCUUGUCCGCCUGCUCUACUCCUUCCAAGACGACAAGAGUAUCUAUCUUGCCAUGGAAUACGUGCCGGGCGGCGAUUUCCGUACCCUGCUUAACAACACGGGUGUCUUGUCCAACCGACAUGCCCGCUUCUACAUCGCCGAGAUGUUUUGCUCCGUCAACGCCCUGCAUCAGCUUGGAUAUAUUCACCGCGACCUGAAGCCCGAGAACUUCCUGGUCGACUCGACUGGUCAUGUCAAGCUGACCGACUUUGGGCUUGCCGCCGGCGUGCUCGCCCCUGCCAGGAUCGAGUCCAUGCGCAUCAAGCUGGAAGAGGCGUCGGAGACGUCGGUGCCCUUUGGAAAGCCCAUGGAUCAGCGGACCGUGGCCGAACGCCGAGAAAGCUACCGUAACAUGCGCGAAAACGACGUCAACUACGCCAAGUCGAUUGUGGGCUCGCCCGACUACAUGGCCCCCGAGGUCCUUAGAGGGGAGGAAUACGACUUCACGGUGGACUACUGGAGCUUGGGAUGCAUGCUGUUCGAGGCCUUGACCGGCUUCCCUCCCUUCGCCGGUGCUUCACCCGACGAAACUUGGCGUAACCUCAAGCACUGGAAGGAUGUGCUCAAGAGACCGGUGUGGGAAGACCCCAACUAUUUCUUGAGCAACCGCACCUGGAGCUUUGUCACAACAUGCAUCAAUUCACGCGCGCGACGCUUCUCCAACAUCCAAGACAUCUACAGCCAUCUGUACUUUGCCGAGGUGGAUUGGGAGACUCUGCGCCAGACGCGGGCGCCCUUUGUCCCUGAGCUGGACUCGGAGACGGAUGCUGGCUAUUUCGACGACUUUAGCAACGAAGCUGACAUGGCCAAGUACAAGGAGGUGCACGACAAACAGGCGGCGCUCGAGUCGAUGGCCGACCGCGAGGAAGAAAUGAGCAAGAGCCUCUUUGUUGGUUUCACGUUCAGGCAUCGCAAGCCCGCUGGGGAGGACGGCAGCAGCCCGCGAAAGAAAAUCCCGACAUCGGACGCGGAGCCUUUUGGCACGAUGCUAUAG